AUGCCUGGUAUUCUAACCCAGAAUACCGUAAAUCGAUUUAUGCAUGAAGGAUCAAAGAGCCCGCGUAUUGUUAUCAUUCAUACACAUGCUUCGGGGCCCUGGAGACAUGCUUCGGCUUAUUGGAAAGGACUAGCUCGGGCCGAAAGAGAAAUUAAGCAUUCGGGAUCCAUCCCAGAGAGCUAUUACUAUCGACCCAAAUCGGAAAUUUCCAAGAAUUUGACUUGGUAUAGGAAGAGCAAAUCUGUUGGGAGCAGGAAUGGUGUUGAUGGGGAUUCUGACCUCAUCUCAUCGAACUAUAAACUAGGCAUAUAG